AUGGUACUGGAGCAGUACCUGAGAGCGCACAUGUUGAGACACAGGAACGAGAAAGAGCAGAUCUUUUUAAUCACAGUGAGUUUAAGGUGUUCUGGUUGGGGAAAUUGUAACUAUAAAGAGUACUGUUAUUUUGCAACUAAAAACCACUUUUCACUCCAGGGUCUCGUGGUUCCUGUCAUCAGGAAUGUGGAAACUAUGAAUUAUGCAGAUAUUGAACGGACCAUUAAUGAACUAGGAGAGAAGGCCCGAAAGAAUGAACUUGCCAUUGAAGAUAUGGAUGGUGGUACUUUCACCAUCAGCAAUGGAGGAGUUUUUGGAUCCCUUUUUGGAACACCCAUUAUCAACCCCCCUCAGUCUGCCAUUCUGGGCAUGCAUGGCAUCUUUGACAGGCCUGUGGCUGUGGGAGGCAAGGUGGAAGUGCGGCCUAUGAUGUAUGUAGCCCUGACCUAUGACCAUCGGCUGAUUGACGGCAGAGAGGCUGUGACUUUCCUCCGAAAAAUCAAGGCAGCGGUAGAAGAUCCAAGAGUCCUCCUCCUAGACCUUUAGGAGGAAACCACAUACCACUCCCUAUUUGAUCAUGCAGGAACUGAAAACCAGUCUUCUCCCUGUCCCCUCAUCAGUCCCAGGUUAGCCUGAUGACAGGCAGGCACAUACUGUUGGCCUCAAGCAAGGAAGCCAGGGCACUAUGUAACCAGCUUUCACAGGUCUUUUAUUAGUGCUCCUUCUAGGCUCUCUCUCUCUAUCUCUCUCUCUUACCUUCUGAUAUCUUGGGCCUGAGAGAGAGAGAGAGCCUUAACAGAUGUUCAUUACUAUUCCUGCCUUUCUUCCAACCUCUGUAAAGACAACUUUGCUUUUCCUCUUAAUAGUAUUCUAUAGGGAUACCACCAGGGACCAUGUGAUUUGAGUUUCCAUCUUUGGAAAGUGUUCCCCAGAGAUGCCUAGGGGGCUGCUUUGCCUCCCAGGCUCAAGGCAGCCUCUGUCCCAGCUGUGCACAUUCUCACCUGAUGCCACCUAUGUGGAGGUAUUGAACACAGGCAAAGAGGUGCUGCUUUGCUUCUUAAAUGCGCCAUCAUUUUGCGCUGUCAGUGGCUUCAAGGUGCCUCUCUACCUCUUCCAGGAAGCACAGCUCAGGGGAUUUGGGGAUAGGCAGAAUUGUGCAGAGUCCCCUGAGGUUGCGUAUUUCAUUACAGAUGAGAGUUGAACCCUGGCUUGCCCUCACAGGCUCCAUUGUAUGCUCACACUGGGAAGAUUCAUUUUGGCAUAAUCACAUACAACUGUGGUCAUACCAACCCUUUCCAGGCUUCUAGGAAUCAUUCUAGGACAUUGUUCUCAUUUAGAGCAGAUUUUUAGCACUUCAUGGCAGUGGGACAGCCUGGUGAAGGGACUGCUCUGACCAGAUCAGGUUGAGUUAGAGCUUUUAAUUGAAGGUGGUAUGAGCAUGUGAUGGGAAGAGGCUUUUCUCUCAGGAGUGAUAUAGUGAUGAAAUGGAUGAUGUCAUCUCCAAGGUCACCCUUCGGGUGCAGGUACAAUCAUUGGAAUUUCUUGAAGCGCGGUUAAAAUGCAAGUAACAAGUUAUGAAAGCCCCUGGGCCUUGUGUCCUGCACUGGGGCCUGAGACUGCUGACAGCUGACGCUGGGCCAUUAGCGCUGAAUGCCCUUUUUUCUUGUAAUCCAAGACAAGCUGGGGGAGGGGAAGAGGUCAGUAUUGAGUGCCUGCAGCAUCUGCUACUACAUCUUCACCAUUCAGAACUUGUAACAAAUAUUUAAAGAGACUGAUUUUGAAUGAAAAUUAAAGGGCAAAUGUUCUCAAA